AUGGUCAAGAUCUCGAUCGCGUCGGUAGCAGCGGUGCUGAUAGGUGUCGCGUCUGCCGCCGACUCGCCGUCUCCUUCCAAGCGCGGCCUAUGCUUCGUCCCGGACGAGAAGCACCCCGACGACAACUCCAUCUGGACCGAACCGGGCAGCGACCUGUCAUGGUACUACAACUAUGGCGAGCUGCCGUCUCCCGUCUACAGCGGCAAAGACUCGUUUGAGUUCGUCCCCAUGAUGUGGGGAGCCAACUCGUCGAAUCCGGAAGACACGACCUGGCUCGACUCAGUCACCAGCCUCAUGGAUGACCAGGGCGUCAACGUCAGCCACGUCCUGGCCUUUAACGAGCCCGACGCACCGUCCAGCUGGGGAGGCAGCGACCUGGACCCCAAAAUCGCCGCCCGCGCCUGGGUCGCCAACUUUGAGCCUCUUGCCAGGCGAGGCGUCAAGCUCGGUCUGCCUGGGUGCACCGGCGGAACCGGCAGCCUCCCAUGGCUGCGGCAAUUCCUCUCCAACUGCUCCGACAUCUUGGCGGAGAGGAGCGAGAGCAGCAGCAAGCGCAACUGUACCUGGGACUUCCUCCCUGUGCAUUGGUACGAUAACUUUGAAGGCCUGGCCUCUCACAUUGGUGAACGUCGCGGCGAAUGGCCCGGUGCCGAAAUCUGGAUUACCGAAUACGCCUAUGCCAACCAGGACCUCUCAGCCACUCAGGCCUUCUACAACGAGACGGCAGAAUGGUUCGACGGCCAAGACUACAUUGGGCGCUACAGCUACUUCGGCGCGUUUCGCUCCGAUAAUUCCAAUGUCGGUCCGAACGCUGCCUUCCUCAGCAAAGGCGGCCAGCUGACUGACAUUGGGUCGUGGUAUCUCGGCUUCAGCGCAACGGGCGUUGAUCCCCAGAGUAGCAAGGAGAGCCCCGCCGCUUCAACCUACCCUACGACUCGAACUGCCACGUUGGCUAUGGCAUUCUUAGCUCUGUCGGCCAUGCUCUGA